UAGAAGCCAGUCGCUGCGAAUAUUCUCUGACGAUUAGCUGACAGAAUCUUUUUGGUGCUCAACCCUGCGUAUCCAGAGUCACAGAGGGGCAUCCGCCGUAAUUUUAACUAAGAUCCUUACCUCUUUCAGUAAUUUCGCAUCAAGAAAGUUUUCCAUCCUCGGGCCGCCACCGAAAAAACCCACAAAUGGCUAUAAAACCCGCCAGCGCCAAAAUUUCAUCCGAUCCCCAACCUCUUUCAUUCCGAUUCGAUCAAAUUUCUAUCUCCGAUCUUCAAUUCGAGAUUCCAAUCGUUCGAUUCGAUCUUUUUCCUACCUGUUGAUCCCAAUUUCAUUCCUCGCCGUGCCUCCAAUCCGAUUCUAGGGUUAGGGUUUUGAAUUUUCCAGAAAAGUUUUCGAUCCGAGAAAGGGUUUUUUCCUGAUCUGUGAAAAAAUUGUUCGCUGAUAGUUUUUCGCUGUCCCAGUUGUUAUGGGUGGUUCAAAAGUUUCCAGAUUUAUCUGAAAAUUUGGGAAAGUUUUAGGUUUUUUGGAAGUUUCCAAUUUUAUAUUGUUUUUGUCUGUAAUUGCUCGUAAGUUAGUAUUUAAAAUUAAAAUUGUAGUAAUUUUUGGGUUUUGACGUUUGAGAGGCUGAUUAUUUGGUGCUUUUGUCAGUUGCUGGAACUCCAUAUUUUCAGGAGAAAAUGACAAACAAACGGCCUUUCCAUGGUGACGAUUCUUAUGAGGUUGCUUGGAAGCACCCAAGACAAUUGGAAUACGCAAAUGAGCCUGCUCCAAUUGUGGAUACUUUUCCUUUUAGUAGCGCCCCCCAGAAAUUUCAAAUUUCAGAUGGUGAAGGUGAUGGGAGUUUUAGUACAUGUCCAGAUGAAGGAGGGUUUGCAAGUGACUUGGGAACUGAAAUCUCAAAUGAGACCUAUAGAGAACUUGAAAAUGGUGCUUCUGGAAGCUUCUCUCGAUUUUGGUUGGCCAACAACAGUUUGUUUGAAGCUCAUGUAAGACCUGAGGCAGCAGGGCAUCUGUCAUUAUUCCCAGAAUUUUUUGCACCUGCAAACCAUCGGAGGGCUUUACUUCAUUCUAAUGAUAUCUGCUUAUCUCCUGUUGAUUAUCCUCCUCAAAAGCUAGUUUCUAUCGGACCUCAGCAUCAAGCUCAUGUUCCAGAAUGGGGCCAUGAGGGUUCACACACUUCAGAUCAUCUGGAGAAAUUGGAUCCUCAGCAUAAACUUUCAUAUGCUUCCGGCCAGGGCCUUGGUGUCGAUGAGGUGAAGCUGAUGGGUACCUGUAUCAUUUCUAUGCCUGAUCUUGAAGCAUCUGAAAACUAUUUAUGUGAAGAUACGGCAGCUAGAAACCACUGUAUGUGUGCUGAUGCAGGUUCUGUUAGAUGUGUGAGACAGCAUGUCCUGGAAGCAAGAGAGAAAUUAAGGAAAGACCUUGGAGAGUGCCUAUUUGAAGAGUUGGGAUUUUAUGAAAUGGGAGACGAGGUUGCAGAUAAAUGGACUAAAGAUGAAGAACAUGCCUUCCAUGAUGCCAUCCGUUCUAACCCUGCAUCACUGGGUAAGAACUUCUGGCACCAUCUUUCAGUGGCUUUUCCUUUGCGACCGCAUAAAGACCUUGUCAGCUAUUAUUUCAAUGUUUUCAUGCUCCGUCAACGUGCUGAGCAGAAUAGGUUUGACCCUCUAAACAUUGAUAGCGAUGAUGAUGAGUGGCAAAAAUGUGAACUUGGAGUGGUCGAUGAUGACGAGGACGCAUUGGUGGAAUCUCCUGUAAAUCUAGAUGCUCCUGCCUAUAAUCAGAUAGAACAUUUUGACAGUUUCAAUGAACAAAUUGAGGAUGCUGAUGACGUAGAUGGUUGUAAUGAUAAUGCCGAUGUCGUUGGUUGUGCUGGAAUUACGGACGAGGAUGCAGGCGAUAUAGAUGAUGGCCCAGAAUCUCAUGCUGAGAAUCCCCUUGGUGAUUGUGGUGCUGCUGAAACUUGCGUUCUGGAUAAAACUCCUAGCAGUAACAGAGAGGAUUAUGAUAUUGAAGAUGAUUCUUGCACAUCAUAUGAGCAUCAGCAAGGAAGUUGAAUUAUGUUGUCAACUUACUGGGGAGAAUGAUGCAAGAGACUGCAGCGUAGAACAACUCCUUGCCUAUUUAAUUACACGAAGUAUCUUGAUUGACCUGCAUCAACACAGUUAGAUAAUAAGAUGGCAAAGGUCGGCGAUGAACUACAGUACGGUUACUAACUCCUUGUACUGUUGCUUCAUUCAAGCCAGCUUUGGGCUGUAUGAACUCCUUGGAGCCUUUUGUUCAUGAUUUCGAGAACCCUGAAGAAGGAUUUUUGAGUUGGCGAUAAAUGGUUAGCCCUUCAAAAGUGAAAGUAGUAUUCUUUUCACUUCUUGGAAGAAGGCAGCUACAGAUGUAGGCUUCUAGUACAUGAUGGAUGUCCUCCGCGAGCCAGUCAAAGGGAUAACCGUGGCCGGGAAACUCCUUCCUUCAGUGAACAGGGUAGAAUUUCGUUACCUGUGUUCUUCCGUGAGACGAAAAUCCUGCUUUCCCUUGUCAGGAUGAGUCCCGUGAGAACGGUAACAUAAAAGAAACGGUUUUCAGUCGAAGCAAUCGAAUCAAAAGUUCGUUACGAAGAAUUCUACUCUGUUAUCAUUUUGGAAGUGUUGUAUUCAUCUGUGAUGAGGUUAAUUCGCUUUAUGUUUUGUGUUCGUUUUCCCAGUGUUCUCUCUUAUUUGAUACUACCAUCUCUCUCAAUCCUUUUAAAUAUUAUUAUUAUUUUUUAAAUAUUUUUUUGGAUCAAUUAUUUGUAUUUAAUAUACUUUACAUGAAUUAAAUACUUGUCCAAA